UGUAAAUAAACGUUUCAUGGACCAUGAACACAGACCCGGUUCUGCAAAUGGCGACCAGUCAUGCACAGAUAGAGAGUGGUCAUGUGAAGGAUCUCGAAAAGGAGAUCCUUGGUUUGGCCAAAAGAGCAUUCAGACCACUAAAACAUCUUCAGCAGUUUGAGUCCAUAGAUGACAUAUGCCCCGCCCAUUUUUUCCAAUUGUUUGAGGUCGUUUCGGGUGAAACAGUUCCAGGAUGGAAGGAGACCAAAAACAGACGACAGGAAGCCAACAUGUGCCAGUUCCUGAUCAACACACUGGAGGACGACGUGUUCGGGCUCCCUCUGGACCACAUCACCGGGGAGGCCAUAGCGGAGGGAGACCCCCGGAGUCUGAAGGACCUCCUAGAGAUCUUCUGUGAAAUAUCCGAGGAAUUCAGUAGACGGUCGCCGCUCGCUGACAUAUCAAAUUUGAGAUCGCCUGAGGCCAAGAACCGAGAUCUAAAAAGUGCUGGAGAUAUAACGGCGGAUCAAGGAUUUAUUCCACCCGAAAUCAGGAAGCUUCUGGCUAGAAUCAACAAUGAUGCAGAGACGAUUGCUCAGUACAGCCAGAGCUGUGGUCUUCUGGACGCCUUCCAGUCCAGUAAUCGGAUCAAGGAAAUCUUUACCCAGACGACACCAGUCCCUAUGACGUCAGCUGUAACAAGCCCAAUUACAUGGGAUUUCAUUCUAAAGAAGAGGAAACUUCAAGAUGCAGAAAAAUCAAAAUCGAAACCAUUAAUGAGCAACAUUCAGCCAGUGACGAGAAAAGUCAUUCCCAAGGCAAAGACUGCAGUCCCUACAUCCAAACCAAGAGGUCUGCAGAAGUCACUGGGACCAAAGAAAGCGGUCAAACCGAAGCCGGUCCUGGGUUCGAAACUCCGACGAAACAGUUCCUCCCUCGUGACGAAAUCCUGUCAGAGUCCGAUAUCCAAGAAAGCUUCGGCAAUACACAGAGAAGAUGACACAGUGAAUCUGUUGAAGUUAUUGGAACACACGGAGCGAGUUGUCUCACGGCGGAGGGAGAUAGCGCGCGACAUUAAGAGGCUACAAACCGAAGAAAAUAUUCUGAAAACGACUGAGUCCAUAUUAAAGAAGGAGCUACAGUUUCUGCAGUCCAAGCCCUCGAGCCGGCCUAGUCACAGGCUGGCGGCGAGGAACUGAGGGUUUGGUUCUCCGUGACACGUGGGGGGGGGGGGGGGGGGACUACU